UAACAAAAGAGAGAAGUGAACGGGCAGGAAGCGGGAGAAACUACGACUUUCUUCUUCGGACUUCGGAGUCUUGUGUUCCUUGUAAAAUUUAUAAAUAGAGUGAAACGCUGUACGUAACAGUUUAAAGCACUUGUGACGUAACUUCUAGAUAGCGCUUCUUUGUCUAUGUGGUAGCCGCCGGGUAUGGGUAUAUGUCAGGGUAUGCGCCGCGCCGUCAGACCUAGUAGUCGAGCUCUCUGCGCAGGCGCCACAUUCCGGGGCGAUCCUCAUUGUGCGUGGAAUGUGUGUUCUGCAUUAACAAGACUUCAGUUCUGUGUAAAAAGCUAGGAGGAAAGACAUUUUCUGCUGUUGUUUGUAGAACCAAAACAGCUGUUUUUCAGGCUCACUUAUUCAGUAUUAUUUUGUUCUGCGAAUGAAGUCAGCUAACCAUUUCAAAUCUAUUCGAAAUUCGUAGAAUUCAAACAUACCGAAAGUUGACAGUGUUGUUAACAGUAUCGUAUGGGCUCUGCAAUAUAAGCUCACAGCCUCCGAGCGCCACUGCUAAGAGGAAACAUUUUAGAUACAAUGGAUACUGCUGGCAUGACGAUAAAUGACAGAAGUCGAGGGACGACAUCAUCUCGGAAAUAUCAAGAGGGCUCAUCAUUUGAUCUGACUUUCCAUGAUCUGAGUUACACUGUAGGAAAAGGAGAAAAUGCAAAACACAUUUUACGUCAAAUGAGUGGCACAUUCAAGUCGGGCAAGCUGACGGCUAUUAUGGGACCUUCUGGAGCAGGGAAAACCUCCCUUAUGAACAUUUUAGCUGGUUUAAAGAAAAGUGGAAUAGAAGGUCGGGUCGACAUUAAUGGCGCCGAACGGAAUUUCAAAACAUUCCGCAAGCAGUCGGCUUACGUAACGCAGCAAGAUCAUCUUUUGAGAAACUUAACUGUCGAUGAGUACAUGACUGCCGCGGCCCAUUUGAAAUUAGGAAACACUGCUACUGAAAAAGACAAAAAAUUAACGAUUGAGUUGGUUCUGAAGACAUUAGGAUUAACGAAUACUCAGCAAACAAGAGUGAAGCGCUUAUCCGGUGGUGAAUGUAAGAGGCUUUCCAUCGCAUUGGAAUUAAUCGACAAUCCCGCCAUUCUAUUUCUGGACGAACCAACCAGCGGUUUGGACAGCUCGUCCAGUUUGCAGUGCGUAAUGCUAUUGCGUGACAUCGCCAGAAGCGGUCGUACGGUGGUCGCUACCAUCCACCAGCCCAGUUCUAGAUUACUGGAACAUUUCGAUCAUCUUUACGUCGUCGCGGAUGGUUCGUGCAUGUACCAGGGAUCUGUCAAAUCUUUAGUCCCUUAUCUCAACACGAUGAAUUUGAACUGUCCUAGUCACCACAAUCCGACAGAUUUUGCAAUUGAUGUGGCGUCUGGAGAAUACGGUAACGUCCUUCCCGGACUGAUAGCUGGUGUAGAAAACGGAAAGCGUAUUUACCAGGAAAAUUCGCCAUCAACUCCAGCAUUACCGUCUAUAAGCCACGACUUUGGACUUGAUGAAGGUGAUGAAAACGACACCAUGUUAGACGGCCGCUCGAAGAAAAAAGAAAAUAAAGGAAAGAAAAUAACGUACGGUGCACCUUUCCAUUAUCAAGUUUCUAUUCUACUUGGACGAACUUGGCGAACUAUUUGGAGAGAAAAGAUUCUGACGACAAUGCGUUUCGCUCUUCACGUUUGCAUUUCCAUCCUGUUGGGCUUAGUUUAUUGGCAGAUCGGGGACGACGCCAACGAGAUAUUCAACAACAGCGGCAUGAUUUUCUUUAGUCUAAUUUUUAUUUUAUACGUUGCCAUGAUGCCAACAUUUCUGACUUUUACACUUGAGAGGGAGGUACUGGUUCGGGAACAUUUAAACCAAUGGUACAGUCUCAAAGCGUACUACCUUGCCAAAACGCUGGCAGACAUACCAUUUCAGAUAGUCUUUCCUACUGUAUACUUAAUCCCCGUAUACUUCAUGAGUAAUCAACCGUUGUGCAUAGAACGCUUCAGUAUGCUGCUGGCCAUUAUAAUCGCAAUGUCCAUGGUCGGACAAGGCAUCGGACUGUUUUUCGGUGCCGCAUUUGACAUUCCUGUAGCCUCCUACUUUGCACCAAUCAGCUGCAUUCCCUUCUUGUUAGUAUCGGGCUUCAUGCUCAAAUUUAACGCCAUUCCAUCUUAUUUGAGCUGGAUAACCUACCUCAGUUUCUUACACUACGGUUUUGAAGGAUCUAUGUUAGCCAUCUACGACCGAGAGCGUCCGCCACUGAGUUGCUCUCAAUCCUAUUGCCAUUUUCGAUAUCCCGUCAAGUUUUUGGAGCAAUUCGACUUGACUCAAAGUUCCUACUUCUUGGCAAUAGUUGGAAUGCUGAUGUGUUUUAUCGUGGUACGAGUGGCUGGCUACUUCGCGUUGCUUUUCAAAUUGCGGCAUAUACGUUGAGCCGUUAUUCCUAUAUUCUACUUUUUCACCUUUCAUUCAUUUGUGUAAUUCAGUUCGUUGAACAAUCCAUCUCUUGAUAAUCAAUAAAAAAACAAAAACUAAAAUGAAGAACAGAAUAACAAAAUUCGAUUG